AUGAGGGAUGUCGAUGACGUCGAAGAAGACCAGAUGAUAUUCGCACGACAGACACAUCCUCUUGUCCAUUACAUGAAGCCGCUAGAUUCUCUCAUAUCGACCGCUCACGAUGUGCUCCUGGGCCCGCGGAUUCCCUCCCCGUACAAUGGCCUUCUUCCGUUGUACUUCGAAGACUUACCGCCGCAUAUACCGCUCGAGGAUGUCCAAUACCUCGCGCUGAAAGGCGCCUUUACGGUCCCGGAUGCGCCAUUGCGCAAUGAGCUCUUAAACACCUUUGUGGUCAAUGUCCAUCCGGGGAUACCCUUGCUCGACCUGGCAGACUUCCUGCAGCCAAUAGCCAUCAACGAUGGACAGUCGCGUGUUAGCCUUCUACUAUUCCAUGCAGUCAUGUUUUCCAGUGUCGCGUUUAUCGAACCAGAACAUCUGUAUCACGCUGGAUACUCCUCGCGCAAGGAGGCACUUGGCCUUCUUUCUCAGACAGAGCAGGUCCUCUACGACUUUGACGUUGAAGCCGACCGGGUUGUCCUUAUGCAGGCAGCGCUGCUGAUGACCUAUUGGCACGAGACCCCCGACGACCCGAAAGACUUUCACUACUGGCUUGAGAUCGCGCUCUCGAUAGCGACAUCGAUCGGCCUGCAGCCUGUGCCGGAUCCGAGCGAUGACCCGGGACCCACGGGGCUGUGGAAGCGCCUUUGGUGGUGUGUCUACACGCGCGAUCAUCUCAACGCAAUCAACCUCCGCCGACCGCCCAUCAUCCGCGAAGAAGGAUGCAGCGUGGCGCUUCCCACCUUGUCCGACUUUGAAAUCCGCGUCUUCCCCAAAGAGUCCACCCAGCUGCUCGGAAGCUGCAAGAUCCUCCAGUCCCCGCAGCACCAGAAACAGCUGGCGCAGAUUUUCAUCGAGAAAGCCCGGCUCUGCACCGUCAUCAGCCGUAUCCUCCGCGCUGAGCUAUCUACGUCGUCCCAAUGUGACCGUCUGCUGGAAGACUGGCACACGCACCUCCCUCUGGAGGUCCGGUACCAGCCCCCUUCGGCUCCGAGCCUCCCCGAGGUCGAGAAACCGCUGUUCGUGCACCGCGCAUGGCUGAACAUGAUUUUCCUCGCUGCGUCCAGCGCCCUACAUCGUCACCAGACGUCGCGCAACGUGAACGACCCCCCCGUCUCCGUUGAGUCAUUGCUCAGCGACCUGUCACGGAGUCAGGUGCAGCACGCGACGCAGGCGAUCGCCACGGUCGCAGAGGGCCUUGGCCGUGUCGACGCCAUCCACUACCUGCCCACGACCACGGUCGGAAUGCUUCUUCCCGUGCUCACCAUCCACAUUCUCACCAUCCGGUCCGGACAGCCGGAUACGUGGGUGGAGGCGUUCUGGUCAUUCUACCAGUGUAUGAAGGUGCUGGAGAAGCUGGGCGAGGUUUAUGCGUCGGCGGAGUCCAUGGCGUCUUUUUUCAAUUCGACGGUGUGUGGGGAUCAAUCCGACGCGGGGAUGCCGGCAUUACUGGAGACAGUCCUGACCAGUGCUGACCCCUCGGGUUCCGACACGGGGAAACCUAGCCCCUAUAAUGACCGGCCCCUGUGCCGCUAUGCUACCCUACUCGCAAUCCGGACCCUGCGGGCAAUGCGACCUCGGACGGGUAGCGUUCUCAUGCUGACCGAUCGCCUAUGCGUCAAGUACGGUCAAGGGGUGCACUUAGCCGAGGCGUCCACCAUGCGCUUCGUUCAGGAACACACCUCCCUCCCCGUCCCCAAAGUCGUCUGCGCGUUCACCCACCACGAUCAAACCUACAUCGUGAUGGAGCGCAUUGACGGCGAGAUGAUAGGGUCAGGCUGGACCUCCCGGAGCGACAAGUCGAAAAGCCGACUGCUCGACCAGUUGAAAUCUAUGGUCGCGGAGCUGCGACAGCUGCAGCCGCCGGCCGGGAUGGGCGUCUCGUCCGUAGAGGGUGGGUCGCUCUUUGAUGUCCGGAUUCAUCCGUCUAUGCGGUUUGGCCCGUUUGAUGAUGUAGAGGGGUUUCAUCGGCAUUUGCGAAAUGGGCUGCGUCUCAAUGCUGGUCUGGAUCCGGAGAUCCAGACCUUGAUUGAAUUGCAGAGCCGCACGUGGCCGUUGAAGCUUACGCAUGGCGAUCUUAGCAGUUUGAACAUCUUGGCCCGCGGGGAUGAUAUUGUGGGCAUCGUCGACUGGGAGAAUGCGGGCUGGUUGCCUGAGUACUGGGAGUAUACCUCUGCCUGCCAGGUCAACCCGCAAAAUUCGUUCUGGAUUGAGGAAGUCGACAAGUUCCUGACCCCGAUGCCACAGGAGCUGGAGAUGGAAAGUCUCCGAGUACGCUUCAUUUCUACUUGA